AUGGAGCGUCAGAUUCCCAAAAUGCAGAUAAAUAUGCCGCUGGUGACAUCUGAGCUCUUCUUUUCAGCACCGGAGACGGUUGAACAGCAAGUUGAAGCUCCUUCCGAAAAGCGUGCUCCAAGAGAGACACAACUUUUCCCCUCCAUAUCUUCGGAAACCGAAGUACAGUGCACCGGCGAACCCUUGGUCGCAGCUGAUGAGGACCAAGUUGACCCAGACGCCGACAUCUAUGUCGACUUGAGCAAGGAGCUGGCAAUAAUUGAAGGCACACAUGCAACUUCCUUUUGCAAUGCCCCAGCUGGAGGAAUGCCUAGUCGGGCACAUGCCUUUGCUCCCUGUACUCCUUUCCAGUCAAGCAACCAAGCUGAACGCACACAUAUAGCUUCAGCUCAAAAAGCCGAGCCCCAAACAUCUGACGCUACAGCCUCCAGUAGCAGGCUGAGACACAGAAACAGCUUCACGGAAAGCUGUCUACACCAGGCGGAGCCCACGCUGACUUUGUGGAGCACGAGGAGGGAGGACAGGAGGUCCACUGGACUGGUGGAUACUGCUGGGACAGAGAGCCGUGACCCACUCAGCUUUGCCGUCUCUCGUGGAUUCUACAAGGAGAACUUGCAUUCACACCAUCCUCCUCACCUGAAGAAAAAAGAGAAUGAUACUGCAGACGAGGAGAGCAGUGAGGGCCACACCGACUCUGAUAUCGCCAGCCUCUUGGGCUCUGUUGAGCAGGCGAGGCAGCGCUUGAGGAUGCAAGAAGAUGCAGAAGACAAACUUGAUGCUGCACUGUAUGCUGGAGGCCUUUUUCAAUUUUCCCGAAGUGCUGCGACGACCACAACACUUCUAACACGAGAAUCACGAGAGUCCACAACCGCGACGCCGGCCCCUAGUCAGAGAGCAGGGGAGGCUGCGCCCAUUGUAGGAGCAAAGGAGGCCUGUGCACCUGCUGCCAGUACAGACAAUGGUCAUAAAAGCAAGGAAUCACAAUUGGUCUUAUCGCGUCAGAUGCCUCCAGCCGAGACUAUCAAGUCUUCCCAUGGGGCCGUCCUGAGGGCCACUCCGCAGCCCGGAGCUGCUGAGCGCAGUGGCAUGACUCGAGACGGUUUUACAGUUCUCUUGGCCUCUAAUCAAGCUUCUAGCACAUGUGAAACGAACAAAUGCGCAGCUGCUCCUGUUGUUGGCGGUGGUAUCGCUGCCGAAAUGCGGCGAAAUUCCUUGCUGUCUGCGGAAGUAGCUGACCUGAAGGAAGAGUUGAGAAACACGCGGGAAGAGUUGGAGAAAGCAAGGAGUAGAGCUCACAUCUCUUAUCGCAUACACCGCCUGGUUCUGGAUUGGAGGGACUCCGAGGCCAUUGCUGAGGCGCAGCAGAAGCAUCUAGGUGAUGAUCUUGAUGGUGGAGAGGCGACUGCUCAGAAGUGUUUGCGAGAAAUCGAAAGUGUGUUCGUCAAGGGCAUUAAAGAGGGAGCUUUGCAAGCACAGGAGACGGCGGGACUGCAGCAGGAGUUAACAACGUGUCGCGAGGGGCUACGCAAGGCAGAGUUGCAGUGCGAAUCCUUGCGCAACGAGAUCUCAUUUUUGCAGCUUGUAAACAAAAAGCUGAAAGAGAGGAGAGAAGAAGAGCAGAGCAACGCCUUCGAGGAGCUCAAACGGCAUUUGGACAAAAAGACUAAAGAGGCCGCAGAAGUGCAAGAUGAAAUGGAGACCCUCAGGCGGGAGCAUGAUAAUCUCAAGUCUCAUUUUGCAGAACAGCUCGCAGCAGCAGACUCAGCCAGGGCAGCAAUUUAUCACGAGCUCAGCGCUACUCGCCAUGUCUCAGACUUGAAAAUGGCCGACCUUGAGGAGACCGUAGAACGGCUGCGGAACGAAAAUAAACAACUCAGAGCCCACAAAGAGGCAGCGGAGGGCAGACUGAGAGAGUGCGCACAGGCAGAGAGGCUGGCACAGAUCGAGCGGGACGAAAUGAAGAGAAAACAAGCAAAACUUGCAGCCCAGCACGAGGCCUUGAAAAAAAGUCUCCAUGAGAUACGCGUCAGCGCAGCUGAGGCCAGACGCAAGUGGCACAGCUCAUACAAACAGGACAGAGAUGAUCAGGACAACGACAGCAACAGAGAUGCAAAUAAAGAUAGUGCUCUCCAGGGACCCUUAGGGAGGAACACGCUGAGCCUCAGUAGCCUGAGUAACGAAGUUCUGCCCCCUGAAGCUGCAACUGGAUCCGCACUUAGCAGGCCCAAAGCCUUUCAAGUAGCCGACACCUAUGGCUGCGCGCUUGCUACUGCUACCAGUGGCGAUACCCUGCUACGCAAAUGCAGCAGUCCUGCACAAGCAGAGGGGAAGGGAAAAGAAGAGGCGCACAGGGGCAUUUCAAGCUUUCAGCGGGAAAUGUCCCGUGAAAGCCUGUCUGGCCACGACAACGAAAUAUCUCCACAGCCCCGACCAAACUUUGGCACUUACAUCGAUCCGUCCGUGCAAUGGAGACACAAAAGCGAGCCCGCAGUUGACGGUGGAAAUAGUCCGGAGGAAACGGAAACGGCAGGGCAUGCAGCAACAAGCCUUUCCUUGUGUCGCGAGACUGAAACCUCAUCUUUGAUCGAUGCUUCUGGAGGCUCGAGAGGUAGAACAUGCAAAAAAAGACAGAAAGGGAUUAGAACAAGCUCGAACGAUAAUUGGAGGAGUGGAGUUGCCGAUAACACUUCAGACGGAGGCCGCCCGGCUGAGCCUCUUGAUAGACCGACGCAGGCUUUUGAUCCACGACUCUGUGCAGUUGACACCCACGGGGGACCUUCAUGCUCUGGUGGACAGGCGGCACAUGGAGGCUCAUCCGAUCACCCUGUGAUUUCCUCUGCGUCCCAUAGCGGGGUAUCCAGGUUUCAGACAGGUCCUGUUUUCUGCUCUGAAUUCCGGAUGUCUAAUGACGUCCAUUUCAGCACGUCUAUUGCUCUGCCUUCUUCCGUUUCAAUGGGCAUUGAAGCAUCAGACGCCGGCGCAGGGGCGUCUCCGAUGUGCAUGUACAAUUCGAAGUUGCAAGAAGUACAGGAGGCGAAUGACAUGCUGCGAAGGACGAACGAAAUAGUAGACGAAGAAAACGCGCGCUUGCGACAGGCACGUGCCCAUCCAAGGGAGAUCGGGAAGGCUACUAAUGGGUUGAGCAAUCCCACAACCGUUAGGGCAAAUGGCUCACUGACCACAUUUGAUUCUCUCGUGCUCAGCAGCGCAUCUCAGGAUGAAGGCACAAAAGAGAAAAAUUCGCAUCGAGUUUUUGAAAGUUCUGCUAAUGCAGCUGGAGAAAGGAAAGACUUGAGAGAAGCCCUCAGGAGGGACACAGGGAAAUGGGCCAACGAGACGCAUCAACGCGAAAAGCACUUCCUAGGGGUUGAUAGUAGCACCAAAUGCAACCUAACGAGAUCAUUUUCCUGUCCGCCUUCCACCUGGCAGCGCUUCGCCUCGUUGCAGGAGCUCAAACAACCGCUGGAAUCAGUGACUGCGCAACAGUACCCAAGUCCUGCUGCGCAGUCACAUGCGACAGAAGUCUGCAAGACUGAAACGGCGAACAGGAACCAAGAUGGUAAUAGCAAUGAAGUGUCAAAGCUGGAGACCGUUGCAACUGUGGUAGUCCCUGAAGAAGACUCUUGCAAGGCGCCAGCAGUGCAGACUUAUUGUGGGAGCACAGUCGGGCAGAUAACGGGAAAGAACAGUGGAAAUAACUUAGAGAAGGCAGAGGACAACAAAACCCCUCAACCUUCUCCACAUGAAAAUGCAAAAAGCGGGGGACCAACUGUCGUCGCUGGCCUCAAAGUAACUCAGCAGCAACAGAUUGCAGUGGACCCUGUGUUGGACAAACCAAAGGAUGAUCAGCAGGAGCAGCAGCUAAGUUGGGAAUCAGAGGCCGAAGUUGGAAAUCACAGCAUGCCAGCAAAGCCUAAAAGCUUUGCUGGGACAGAAAGUGCAGCGGCUUCAGCAACAGGACCUAACAAUGCUCAUGCCUCUGCUGCCACGUCCUCAACAUGUGGGUUGUCCGCAGAGUCCCUUACAGAGCCCACAGAUGUCUCAUCUGCAUGCUUGUCACCCGGAAAUUCGACUGGCGUUGAAAAAGGGGUUUCAUGCACUUCUUCUCUGUCUACACCAAGGCAAUCCAGCUCCAGCUAUGCUGUUUCUGCUCCAGCGGUGGAACUAAGGGGCGAAGUAGCCCGGCAUCUCCCAGCAGAGACGGGGUUCCAGACGCCAAUUUCACAAGAUGGAACGCCUUCUCAGGUUUCAAAGGUUCCUGAUCCCAACCGCGACGAUCAGUACAGUAAUUGCCACUUUUCUGCAGUGGAAGAAGUGUGUGGCGGUACAUCAGCAGCCGCUGCUGUGGAUUUCCAAAAUUCGCUGUUUAGUGAACCCGCAAAGUUGAGAGAGAGCAAAAGGUUGUCUACAGUUGUUGAGGAGGUUAAAGGAAAUGAGGAUGCCUGUGAUGCUCACAAUGACGAAUUCGACUCACCAAUCCUUGGUUGUCCCUCUCGAAGCGCCCUGAGCGAGCCACAAACUUCUCGGAAUAGUUCCUCUGAACGGAAUACUGAGUGCGAGAAUGUAAGAAGUGGGCCCGAGCGAUCAGAAAAACAGAUGGCUGAUGUGCACAGUGCCACGGAGUCUGCGCAACUGCUGGUUGCUGAAGCUGGGCGGAGUUUUAAGCUGAAGUUCCUGCAGCACAGAAGGGAAACAGGCUCUCUUUACCCAGAAAACGGUCACAGUCGCAAAUCACCUACUAACGCUUCUGUUAGCUCUCCCGCCAAGGAGAGCAGGGGCCCUAUUAUCGCAAUGGCUAGCAGGCAGCAAAAGGGGGAACUAUGUUUGUUGUCUCCCACGCUUCUCUUCUCAAGAACCUCUAACGGCAGCUGUCUUUCUUCCAGCCGGCGAUGCGAAGCUUGCAUUGCUACAGCUUGUGAUCGCAUCUUUGCUGAAGCGACGCCAACUGAGGCUGCGGCGAUAUGCAGAUUAGCAUCUCCAGCGCGUCGGGCUCUCUCGGGCGAAGAGCUCUUUCGGGAAUCUAACACCUCACCUGCUGCUGCCGCGCGCAAAAUAAGAUCUCCCCGGAGAACCAACAGCGCAGCAGGCGAAGUAGCACCCACAGAAGCUCUGUUAAGCCCAAGCAAAGCCACAAUCAAGAGGCACAACUUCACUAAUAGAGCCGUUCAUGAAAGUGGAAAGGUGAACUCUGCUUGCGCGCAAAAUGAAGCAGAGAGAAUGUCGUUGGUGCUUCCAGCAGACGCCAGGGAGCUAAUAUGGCUGCUAUCACGCCAGUUGCCUCAGUUGGGAUGUAAGGAAGCCUUUGUUGCGUCCCAGAAGAAGCCUGAGGCCUGUACGAUCCGCAAACCCAGCGACUCCAGCUCGCGUCACUGCCGUACUUCGAAUUCAAACCCUCGUCAGCUGCCGAGCUGCAUCCAAAAACUGCCAGGAACAACGCAGCAGGCCAAAGCCAAUACCGUCUCCCCUGCCACGCCUCGCCUGUCCAGCAAGGCUUGUCAGGAGCGCUUUCCCGUUGGAGUCCGCAAGAGCAGAAGUAAGAGUGAACGCAGCGAGAAAGGCUCCUUGACAAUGAAGAAAGAGCAGACUCGAGUCACGAACUUGCCUACGGCAGCGCAGGUUCCUUCGGUGGCAAAGCCUUGCAGCUCCUCAGCGAGCAGCGCUUCGGAAAGAAGAGCAGCUUCGGCAGGUGGCAGGCCAGUCAAUAUUUCACGGCAUGGGAACGCAAAACAGACUUCAACAAACGAAGCUAUCAUACGGUCCGCAACACCUGCUCUCCACUCUAGACAAUCGACAGUGGCAAGUGCGUGUAAAGGCACAAAAGGUCGAGGAGAGAAACCUCCAUGGGACUCGUCCUCUGUGCCGCUGCAUGGAGGGCCGCGUAUGCCCUUUAGAACCCUACUUAGGAGAAAAGACACUAAGUAG